AUGUUCACCGCCGCGCAAGGCGUCCACGUCCUCGGCGAGAUGGGCCAACGCAAAGCCACGAUGGCGCCGCAUCGCGUCUUCCUCAGCGGCGCAUCGGCAGGUGCCUUGCUCGCGUUUGCAUGUGGCACGGUACUCAUAGCCAACGCCGCUCCGUGGAUGCAGGAGAACGCACCUGGGCUCAUCCGCAUCAUCGCCAGCCUGGUGUUUCCCUAUGGGCUGGUCCUGAUUAUGCUCACCGGUGUUGAUCUCUGCACGGCAUCAUUUAUGGUCACCACGCUCGCCACUCUCCAGCGGCGGAUCCCCUGGUGGCGGAUGCUCUCCCACUGGACCCUGACCUUCCUCGGCAACCUCGCCGGCUCGCUGCUCGUCGCCGCGCUGCUCCUCGACCACGGCGGCGUUUUCGCCACCGAGCCGUUCCGCUCCGCCGCCAUCUCGCUCGCCGUCAAGAAGCAGGUCUCCCCGGAGUGGUACCAGAUCUUCCUGCGCGGCAUCGGCUGCAACUGGCUCGUGUGCCUCGCCGUGUACGCGGGCGUGCAGGCGCGCGACGUCACCGGCAAGACGGUCGGCAUGUGGUGGCCGGUCUUUGCGUUUGUGUCGCUGGGCUUCGACCACGUCGUCGCCAACAUGACGUUUAUCCCCGUCGGCAUCGCGCUCGGUGCGCCGGGGCUAAGCGUGGGCUUGUACAUCUGGAAGGGCGUCAUACCGGUGCUGCUGGGAAACAUUAUCGGCGGUGGACUAUUUUGUGGCUGCUUCUACUGGUACAUGUACUCGCUAGAGAUGGAGGAAUUAUCGCCGAUGGGCUCAAUCUUAGGCAAGUAG